CGUUUUUUAGACAGGCAACUCCUUGGUCACCUGGUAGGGCUGGGUCGCCUGGCAACCGCGGGGUCCUUCCUAGCUCAGCGGCGCUCGGGCCCUGAGGGGAGAAAACUGCCGCGGAGGGGGGGUGGCAGCGACUUUUGGGGAGGCAGCAAGGGGGCCGCGACGUGGAGUUUGAGCGCCCAAGGGUUGUCUUCUGGAUCUGAGGGAAGAUGUCCACGGCUAUCAAGGCCCGGGUGGUGCCCGAGACCGACGGGCCUGCGCCACCCGGGGAGGAGGAGGGCGAGGGGGGCGGCGAGGUGGGCUCGAAGGAGCCAGCAGCGGACGCGGCUCCCGGGCCCAGUGCCGCUUUCCGCCUCAUGGUGACUCGGCGGGAGCCGGCCGUGAAGCUCCAGUACGCGGUGAGCGGCCUGGAGCCGCUAUCCUGGUCCGAGGACCACCGCGUGUCGGUGUCCACGGCCCGCAGCAUCGCUGUGCUGGAGCUCAUCUGCGACGUGCACAAUCCGGGCCAGGACCUGGUCAUCCACCGCACCUCGGUGCCCGCCCCUCUCAACAGCUGCUUUCUCAAAGUUGGCUCAAAAAAAGAAGUUGCUGAGUGUAAGGAGAAAUUUGCCACCUCUAAAGACCCCACAGUCAGUCAAACUUUCAUGUUGGAUAGGGUGUUCAAUCCUGAAGGCAAGGCUUUGCCACCAAUGAGAGGAUUCAAAUACACCAGCUGGUCCCCCAUGGGUUGUGAUGCUAAUGGCAGGUGCCUGUUGGCAGCACUGACUAUGGACAACCGCCUGACCAUCCAGGCUAACCUCAGCAGACUACAGUGGGUACAGCUAGUCGAUCUUACUGAAAUCUAUGGAGAACGACUUUAUGAGACCAGUUACAGGCGCUCUAAAAAUGAAGCCCCAGAAGGAAAUCUUGGGGACUUUGCAGAGUUUCAGAGGAGACAUAGCAUGCAGACACCAGUCAGAAUGGAGUGGUCGGGCAUCUGUACCACACAGCAGGUCAAGCAUAACAACGAAUGCCGUGAUGUUGGUAGCGUGCUCCUGGCAGUUCUCUUUGAAAAUGGUAACAUUGCUGUAUGGCAAUUCCAGCUACCAUUUGUAGGAAAGGAAUCCAUCUCUUCAUGCAACACAAUUGAGUCAGGAAUCAACUCUCCUAGUGUUUUGUUUUGGUGGGAAUAUGAGCACAAUAAUCGGAAAAUGAACGGCCUUAUUGUGGGGAGUGCUUUUGGACCUGUAAAAAUCCUUCCAGUCAAUCUCAAAGCAGUUAAAGGUUACUUCACUUUAAGGCAGCCUGUUGUCUUGUGGAAAGAAAUGGACCAGUUGCCUGUGCACAGCAUUAAAUGUGUACCACUUUACCAUCCUUACCAGAAGUGUAGUUGCAGCUUAGUGGUGGCUGCAAGAGGAUCUUACGUGUUUUGGUGUCUUCUUCUGAUCUCCAAAGCAGGUCUGAACGUUCACAAUUCCCAUGUCACAGGCCUACACUCACUGCCAAUUGUCUCCAUGACUGCGGACAAACAGAAUGGAACUGUAUAUACUUGUUCCAGUGAUGGGAAGGUGAGGCAAUUGAUUCCCAUUUUCACAGAUGUUGCAUUAAAGUUUGAACACCAGUUGAUUAAGCUCUCAGAUGUGUUUGGCUCAGUGAGGACUCACGGGAUAGCAGUGAGUCCCUGCGGUGCGUAUCUGGCUGUUAUUACAACCGAGGGCAUGGUCAAUGGCCUCCAUCCUGUUAACAAAAACUACCAGGUCCAGUUUGUUACUCUCAAAACCUUUGAAGAGGCAGCUGCUCAGCUCCUGGAAUCUUCAGUUCAAAAUCUCUUUAAGCAGGUAGAUUUAAUAGACCUAGUACGCUGGAAGAUUUUAAAAGAUAAACAUAUCCCUCAAUUUUUACAUGAAGCUUUAGAAAAAAAGAUUGAAAGCAGUGGGGCCACCUACUUUUGGCGAUUUAAACUUUUCCUCCUGAGGAUCUUGUAUCAGUCAAUGCAGAAAAUUCCUUCAGAAGCCUUGUGGAAACCCUCCAAUGAGGACUCAAAAAUAUUACUACUUGACUCACCUGGGAUGGGCAAUGCUGAGGAUGAACAGCAAGAAGAAGGCACUUCUAAACAGGUGAAUAAACAGAGCCUUCAGGAGAGGAGCAAAGAAGGUGAUACAGAGGAGCCUACUGAUGACUCACUCACCCAGUCUGGCGAUGUUGGAGGCCAUGAGCCAAUGGAAGAAAAACUCCUUGAAAUCCAAGGGAAGAUUGAAGCUGUGGAAAUGCACUUGACUAGGGAACACAUGAAGCGAGUCUUAGGAGAAGUUUACCUGCACACCUGGAUCACAGAGAACACGAGCAUCCCUACAAGAGGACUCUGUAACUUCUUAAUGUCUGAUGAAGAAUACGAUGACAGAACAGCACGGGUGCUGAUUGGACAUAUCUCAAAGAAGAUGAACAAACAGACUUUCCCUGAGCAUUGUAGUUUGUGUAAAGAGAUCUUGCCAUUCACAGAUCGAAAACAAGCCGUCUGUUCCAAUGGCCACAUUUGGCUCCGGUGCUUUUUAACCUACCAGUCCUGCCAGAGUUUGAUAUACAGAAGGUGUUUGCUCCAUGACAGCAUUGCCCGACAUCCAGCUCCAGAAGAUCCUGACUGGAUUAAGAGGUUACUGCAGAGCCCCUGCCCUUUCUGUGACUCUCCUGUCUUCUAAAUGUCAGUGGUGGGAAGAUGGAAAGGGCAUGUACUGUGCUGUAGAAAACGUCCUCCAGUCUAAAGAGAAAGGAUGCUCUGGCGUAAGCCUGACCUUCACAAGUGGAAGGCACUCUUCAUAUUUGUAAAUAGGACACUGGGAACUCAUCUCUGAAGUACAUUCUCUAUCUCCAGGGACUAAAGGAUAUCACAGAAUGACUGAAUACAGAGAUUUUAAGUAAUUUUGAGAUGAACAUAGCCCCCCAACUCCUUACCCAAUGAAUACUUAUUUUUUAAGUGUCUUGACUUAAGCAGUCUGAACAGAAAGAACGUCCUAUCAUUUCUAGGAAUAGAAUGAUCUCUUCUAGAGAGUUUGGAUAAGGCCUUUGCUGGGCUGAGUUAGGUUUUACGUCUUGUUUUGGUCUGGAACUGCCUUGUUGCUCCAGAGAGCUUAAAUUCCCUGGUAUGUGGCAUUCAGUGUACCAACAGAUACUAAAAGUGACUAAAACAAUAUAUGGGUCAGAAAUUUUGUUCUCAGUAAAUAGCCAGAAAUCUCUAUCCCAUCAAUUCUUGUUUUUCAUGCACAUUGAAAAUAUUUUCCUAAAUCUCUUCUGUUUUUAAGAAGUCGAAGCAAAGACUAAAAUUGGUUUUAACGUGUCAAAUGAUCAGUUAACUAUUAUAAUAGUUGUGACUUGUUUUUAAUUAGUUCCCAUGUCAUCAGACUUCCUGACCCAACUCUUUCAUAUUUAUGUCAGGUAUUGUAAUUCACCCAUGUCAUAUCCUUGCUUAAAAUUUAAUCUGGAUGAGAUGUUUGUACAUAGGCUUUUGAAAAAAAGAAAGAAAAUCACUCUUGUAUUAAAACUUCUUAGUAUUUUUUAGUGUUGACAUAUCCAGACAGGUUUCAUUUAAUGUCUAGUGUAGGAGUAUACAGAGACCCUGCCUAGAGACUUCUGGAGAGAGAUGGGCAGCUCAGAAGUGGAAACCCUUGAGCUCUGUUGUUAAGAGUAUGUGCAGCUCAGUUGAACAGAGCCUGGGGAUUUCUUCCUUCUGUAAAGUUCCUUGAUGUUUGUAAUACGUGCAUUUUUCUGUGGGCAAUUAAAAGGAGACAUCAGAAGGUAAUUGCUCUUAAAACCUAAAAUAGACAUUCUGGAAUUACAGUGUUCUUGGAUUUUUUAAGUAGUGUCCUAGAGAUUGGUGCUAAUUAACAGGACUGUAGUGCACACAUCUUGAAGUGGUGCACACAUCUUGAAGUGGUACAUACUUCUGCAAAGUUGGAUGGGAAAUACAAAAUGUGAAUUUCUUAAAUCAUAUUUCAUGCUGUUCAUCUUUCUUGCCUUAUUCUAACAAUUUCCUGCUUUUAUCUUGUAACCUUGGUGAAAGAAAUUUUGUCCUCACUUUAGAAAUAACAUCUUGAGAGUUGGAUAGCACUGUAAGAAGCCUCUAUUUCUAUCACACUGCACUUGUAUUCUUCCUGCCGCCGUUAAUAAACAAGAGCCCCUAAGAGGCAUCGAGGCACUUCCAAACAACCUGCUUUGAAAUGUGUUUUGUUUUCUAUUCAAAAUUCUUGUUUAGAUUCCUGUGUUUAAUUGUGUAUUUGUUGAAGUCUUCUUAUCAUUUUGUGAUAAUUUCAAGAAUAGUAUUUAUCCAGACUUUUGGGUCCAGCGUAUUAAAUUGCUUUUCAAGAAAGGGAGCUAAGUAGCAUUAUAAUCAUGAAUAACACAAUACCGAAGGUCGUAUGGUUGAAGUUUGUGCCUAUAGCUGUUUCACUUUACAAGAAGUAUGACAGUAAAAAUUGAGAUCAUGUCAAGGAACUGUUUCAGUUUUAGUAAUCAUGGCAUGCUUAGUUUGGUUUUUUGUUGUUGUUCCUAAUCAGUUAGUAGGUGAGAAUUUUGUGCUGCUCCAUUUAAAACUUACAUUGAGUUUUUAUUUAAAGCAGGUGUGCAUUUUUGUGAACAUUUAACUAUUAGGAGUUAACUAAAAAGGAUCUCCUGAAUUAUUUUAUGUAUCAAUGUAGGAAUAAACAUGGCAACUAUCUUACUACUGUACAUAAGAGUGCUGUUCUAGAACAUUGACUGUCUUUGGCCCAAUGGCCUUCUUCACACUCUGAAAUCCAGUCAGCACCUGCCUCAGCCCAAAUUUCUACAUACCCAGUUGGUUGGCCUUCCUUAUCUUCCCCUUAGCCCUCCAAUCCAUGGAGGUUCAUUCAAUGACCUGUGAGGAGAUGUUGAGUUAGUAGCAAUGUCACAAACACAGUGUGCUUCUGAAUUUCUCUAAGCGUCAGCAGACUUGAUGAUGGAGUACUGAUUCUUCCAAGGGACAGAUUGGCCAGUGAAACAUUAGAAAAGUGGGAAUGACACCAGGAAUCUUUAGACUAAAUUGCAUCUAGUUUAAAGUUAUCACACCCUGUCUACCUUCAUAAAACUUGCCUGAUUAGUUUAGUGUAUUUCAUAUUUAUUUCAGCUUUAACUGUAAUAAAUAUUUCAGGAGUGGAAGAAAUAGAAAUGAUAUUGCUGUACUGCACUUAAAGUGCAGAAGGAAAGAUUAUAAAAUUAGACCUUUUAAACUAUAACACUGUUGCAUUUUGGGAGUCUGAUAUCCACAUAUAUAUCACACUUUCUUUGCCUGGGGUUAAUUUGUUCCUAUUAUUCUAGAUAAGAAAUUGAUAGCUUGUUAUGCUUGAUAUUCAUUCUGAAAUCCUCAUGUGUCCACCACCCAGACUUCAAGCUCUCUACCUACUAUUAUAUGUGCCAAAACUACCAAUUAUUUUUCAGUGUCAAAAGUUAUUAGAACCACUGGUAAAGCUCCUUGUUGAGUGUGACAUUUUUCUGCUUCUCCCUCUAAGAAGUUUUUGAGAAUGUUAAUGUUGUAGCGUGUGGGUUGGACCUUUUAGCAAGUUCAACAGGUUAAUUAGGUUAAAACCAUGUUAAAGGGUAAUGAUUAAAUAUUAAAAUGCAUUCUGUUGUAAUUACAGUAGUAUCAGAUAGGACAAAAAAAAAAUCGAUGCUUACUGGUGCUCAUUAGGAGGAAUACGACGCUGGUUUUACAGAGCACCUGCUCCCAUUGCAGCAGUUGAACCGCCUCAGAGUCUGGUGAAGAGCUGCAAUUCCUGGAACAGAACCAGGAAUUAAUGCCCCUGAUUGAUUUCCACAGGGUUUGUCCAUUCCUUCUGCCCCGACCUCUCUCUCUUGCUUUUUCUUCCGGAAGCGGCACUCUUAACUUGCAUUCUUUAGUUCUGUCAGCUCUAGCACACGUUCAAGCUAACAUUGCACAUUUGAAAGAAAAGCAGAUGAAUGAUGACAUUGCUAGAAGCUAAAUCAUGUAAUGAGUCUUCUUUCCUAGAAAGAUUUAACAGUUACAGUUCUUUCUAAACAUAAUAAUGUUAGUUUUUAACAACUUGGUAAGUUGUAUCUGGUGGUUUUUUUCAAAACUGUUUAUAAAAUUUCCUUGUCAGAGUGCUCACUAACUGGUUGGUUAGACUUCAGGCUAGGAAAUGGCUCAAUUUUAGCAUCUUACCACCACCGGCCCCCUCUCCCCAAACCAAUUACUAUUCUUGACAAGCAGAAAUUACGGUUAAAGCUAAACUGAAUGGGUUAUAUUCAGGCAGUGGGCCUACUUUUUUCUUUUUAAGCGGAGAGUAUGUUCUGCCUUUUUUUCUUUUUAAGGGGAGAGUAUGUUCUGCCUUUUUUUCUUUUUAGAAAUUGGGCGGCACAAACAGCAAAAGCCUGACAAAUAAAGCCUGUUAAAUGUCUUCCAGCUAGCCCACCAUGUACUGUUUUGAGUCCCUGCAUGACUUCCUUAAGUCAUUGUGGGUGUAUCCUUAUGCUCUUACAUUGUUCUUUGGUGUGUUGGUGGAAUUCAGUGAAACAGGGAAAUGUCUCAGGAACCUAACUUUUCCUCUCAAGAUUGUCAGAAUUUUAAAAAAAAAAACAGCCU